GCGGCCUCAGCCGUCCGAGAGCGGCUGUUGCCUCCGCGGGCCCCCAUGGCGGCGGCCGGCCCGGUCCUUUCCCCAGAGGCGGAGGAAGAGGAGGAGGCCGACGAGGAGCUCCUGCAGCUGGAGACGGACCCGCCGGCCGUGGUGGUCUCCGGGCGGGCGGCGCGGGCCGCUCCCGGCGGCGCCGUCCGCGUCUCCGCCGGCCGAGACCUCUCCGAGGCGGCCUAUGAGGACCAAGAGGCGGCCGAGGGGGACGGCGAGGAGUCGGAGCCGCUCCUGGGCGCGGCGGCAGCGGCGGGCUGGAGCCGGCGCGCAGUACACACAGGAAAUGUUGGAAGUACUGCAGAGAUGAAUUUCUUUUUGGAUGAUCCUGAAUUUGCUGAAAUCAUGCAGCGAACGGAACAAGCCAUAGAAAAUGAAGUCUUUCCAGAAAGAAUCUCCCAAGGUUCCAGUGGAAGCUACUUUGUCAAAGACUCUAAGAGAAAAAUUAUUGGAGUAUUUAAACCCAAAUCUGAAGAGCCUUAUGGUCAUCUGAAUCCAAAAUGGACCAAAUAUUUCCACAAAAUCUGUUGCCCUUGCUGUUUUGGCAGAGGCUGUCUUGUUCCUAAUCAGGGAUAUCUCUCUGAAACUGGUGCCUGUCUUGUGGACAGUAAACUAGGAUUAGGAGUGGUACCUAAAACAAAGGUUGUCUGGAUUGUUAGCGAGACAUUCAACUACAAUGCAAUAGACCGUGCAAAAUCAAGAGGCAAAAAAUACGCUUUAGAAAAAGUGCCAAAAGUUGGCAAAAAAUUCCAUCGAAUUGGACUACCUCCUAAGGUUGGCUCCUUUCAGCUUUUUGUUGAAGGUUACAAAGAGGCUGACUAUUGGCUCAGGAAAUUUGAAACAGAUCCCUUGCCUGAGAAUACAAGGAAACAGUUUCAGUCACAGUUUGAAAAGCUGGUUGUGCUUGAUUAUGUUAUCAGAAAUACUGACCGAGGCAACGAUAAUUGGUUAGUCAAAUAUGAAAAGCCGAGCGAUGGGACUGAUCUUUCUGAUAAGGAAAUCCAGUGGAUUAAUGAAAAAGAACCUCUUAUUAAAAUUGCAGCAAUUGAUAACGGUCUAGCUUUUCCUUUCAAGCAUCCUGAUGAGUGGAGAGCAUAUCCAUUCCACUGGGCUUGGCUUCCACAAGCGAAGGUCUCCUUUUCUCAAGAAACAAUAGAUUUAAUACUUCCUCGUAUUUCUGACAUGAAUUUUGUACAGGAUCUAUGUGAAGAUCUUUAUGAACUUUUUAAGACUGAUAAAGGGUUUGACAAAGCUACAUUUGAAAACCAAAUGUCUGUGAUGAGAGGACAGAUACUUAACCUUACUCAGGCAUUAAAAGAUGGAAGAAGUCCUCUUCAGCUUGUCCAGAUGCCUCGCGUGAUUGUGGAAAGAAGUCAUGGUGGAAGUCAAGGAAGGAUCGUCCACUUGAGCAAUGCAUUUACACAGACUUUUCACAGCCGGAAGCCUUUUUUUUCCUCCUGGUAAAAGAUGAGCAAAGAUCUUUAGUUUAGCAAGAUGUUCUACUGUGUAAAGAUUUCUGAAUAAUUUUUCUGUGCCCCCAAAUGCUGGACUGCCAAAACCUCAAAAGUUUUAUAUUUUGAAUGUACUAAGUUUACAGUUCAUUUAAAAUUGUGAAAUUUUACAUCAGGGAAAAGAGGAGCUUGUCCUAAACUGUAUUUUUAUAGACGGUUCGAUGUUUUCUGUAUUUAGUUUUGAAGGGGGGGGGGAAUAAAAGUUUACAAAUGCCAAAGACUACUUUUGACUCAAUUGGAAAAAAAUACUCUGUUGCACAAAGUAUCAGAAAUUAGAAUCUAAUUUUCUACAUAGAAUUGAAGUACCUGGCCUUUUAUUUCAUUGCAUAGUUGUCUCUCAGCCAUCUUAACCUAGUAUACAGGACCAAUACCACUACAUCUGCAUUUGGAAAAUAAAGGGUUUGGAGGUGGGUUAAACCCAUGUUGGUAGUCCAGAGGAAACAUAAUUAUGUCAUAUUGCUCACACCCUGUUUGCAUUGAAUGCAGGCAGUUUUAAGGGCCGGCUAGCACAUGCCCCACUAUGGGUUGCUUGUUUUGGGAAAAGAAUGAGUACUGGCCAAUGCCUCUUCACCACUGUUGCAUGCCUAAUUUAAUGCACAGCCUAUGUCUGCAUUUUUAGGUAUGGGCUCCGUCCAUGCUAAAAAAAAGAAUUGAACAGCGCUCGUUUACAAAUGUGUUUUUCUUGGGGGUGCACAGUUUUAGGAGUACAGUUCCAGGUUUUCAUUCCUCUUUCUUCAGUCUUUUUUUCUGUGUAAAAAAUUGAGCCAGUUACAUAUGACUUUGUUGAUGCUUAAAGAUAUCCUUUUGAAGAAAAUAAAAGGCAUUGUUAACAUCAUUUUACUUGGUACUGAGAAGUAAAAUAUUCCAAGAAUUUUUGGUGUUCUGGACCAAGAACUGGAUGAGGGUAAUGCUACCAAAAAUGACAAUAGGUUGAUUUUUGUGAGAUUAUAUGUACUCAUAAAUGUAUGCUUCAGUCUUGUGAUUCUUUUGUCAGGAUGAUGAACUGAGAAAAUACUGAAUUUUAUUAGAACAAUAUUUCUGCUGCAAUUUUGUCAUAGCACUGGGAUUUUGAAACUUUUACCAAAGCCAAUUAAAUUCACUAACUGAAACCAAAG